AUGGCUCGCGAACGGCUGUUCUCCCCACUGCAGCUUGGCAACGUCAAACUCAACCACCGGAUCGCCAUGGCACCACUGACGCGGUUUCGAGCAGACGAAGACGGCAUUCCAAUCGAUAUUGUAAGAGACUACUACACUCAACGCGCCUCAACCCCGGGCACUCUCAUCAUAACCGAAGCUACACUCAUAAGCCCCCGGGCAUCCGGUAUGGCCAAUGUGCCAGAGAUCUGGAACUCCAGGCAGAUUGCCGCCUGGAAAAAGAUCACAGACGCCAUCGCUGCAGGUUUUGAUGGCGUCGAGAUCCAUGGUGCAAAUGGCUAUCUGCUCGACCAGUUCCUUCAGGACGUUUGCAACCGACGUACCGACAACUAUGGCGGAAGUAUUGAGAACCGUGCUCGAUUCGGACUGGAAGUCACCCGAGCCAUCAUCACGGCGGUCAGUGACAGCAAGAAGGUCACGAUUCGAUUAUCGCCAUGGACUGAUUUCGACGGCAAGAGAAUGGGAGAUCCGGUGCCUCAGUUUUGCUACAUGGUUUCCGAGCUCAAGAAGCUUGGUCUCGCCUACUUGCAUCUCGUCGAGAGCCGCUAUGCAGGGGACGUGGCGACAGCCUCGUACCACGUGCUGACACGGCGAAAUGAUCCAUUUAUCAAGCUCUGGGGACCGCAGACGCCCAUCAUAUUAGCCGGCGGGUUUACGGCCGAGACAGCAGAAAAGGCCACCGAGGAGAUUUACGCAGACUCAAACCUGUGCUGCAAACUCCUCUUGAUUUGCACUCUCCCCGGUUCCAAAGUCUCAGACAAUUGGAGCUUUGGAUGGCGCCAUGCCUUUUGUCAGAUUGCCACCACCUGUAUGACCUCCGUAGUGCCCCCGAAUCAACACCACACAACUCUCGAGCGGUGUACGUCGUUGGCAAAGCACAGAAGUCUGCCGGCCCUCAGAUGGAGCCGAACUCCUUGA